GUAUUUUUAUUCCGCAAAAUGACCUCCAAUUACCCACUUGACGCGUUUUGGGGUCUCCCCACCUCCAAUGCCAACUUCUGUGAGGAGGAUUAUUUGGUGACUAGAUACGUUGCCGAGUUCAUCAACACGCUGACCAAUCUCACCUAUGUCCUCUACGCGAUUUAUGGGAUCCGCAGCUUGCAGCGGAAACCCAACGCCAAGGCCUUCCGGACCGUCCCAUACUGGGGCUUGAUGGGAGUCGGCAUAUGCUCCGGUAUAUAUCACAUGAGCCUGAAAUACCAUACCCAGAUGAUGGAUGAUCUUUCGAUGCUAUUUACCACAACGCCGGUUCUACACCGUGUGUUGACGGUUAAUGCUAGUGGCACCACCUCGACCAUCCUGGCUGUACUCCUGGGCUCUGGUUUGAUGGGACUCAUAUCCGUUCAUGUGGCGACGGACGAGUUAAUUCUGCAUGCGGCGGCCUUCGUGGUCAGCAUCACCGUCAUCGGGAUCCGCACCAUGCAGCUCAUAGCCACUCGGACACCGGCGGGUUCGGCUGCGCGGAGCCAGAUUUGGGGAAUGGUGAGAUUCGGAGCAGUCAUAUUCAAUGUGGGAUACGCUGUCUGGUUAGUUGAUGGAUGGGUCUGCGACCUGCUGAGAAGCUCGCGAGAGGCUAUUGGUCUUCCAUGGGCAUUCCUAUUGGAGCUCCACGGGUGGUGGCAUAUCUGCACCGGCGUGGGUGCAUACAUCUUCAUCGCGGUGAUAGACCAUCUCGCAUCUGGGGAGGAUCACGAGGAUAUUGAAGGGUCAUUUGCUUGGCCUGCACCCUGGGCUUCUCGAUCGAUUUUUGCCGGACGGAGGCCAGCGGCAGGUGGUGCAGCAGGGAAGAAGUCCGAGUGAAGAACAGUCCAGGAAAAGACCGGGAAGGCAAGGAACAGACCAGACUGUGUGUGGGGCAUGGUCAGGUGCGCACCGUGUUAUGAAUUUCGUAUCCAUCUGUAUAAUAAAUGAAUCAGGAAUUACUCAGGGAAAAAAGGGUCAGUCAUUAUUUU